AGUUGACAUGUUCAGUAUGUUACAAUAGCAACACAACAAUGAGCACAGCCCAAAGGUGCUUUCGCCUGCGGAGCUUAUAGGGAGAGUCUGGGUGUGGCAGCCAAGGUGUGUCUGUGUUGACUCACGGCCAGUAGCGACAGAUAGCUUACCGCGGCUCAGUGAAGUCUGCCUGUCCUUUAUUCAGAGCACUUGUGCAGGAAUUGACAAGUUUCUUCGUCCGACGCCGACACAAAUCCAUCAACUGUUGGACGAUUCACUGUCGGUGGAGCUUCCUCCAUACGGACAUGGUCCAUGAAAAGUUUUCAAACAUGGCGAACGUUUUAAUUUUCAACAUUUGCCUGGUGGUGAUGUUGUCCCGUGUGGAGUCGUGUUUUAUCCCGAAGUCUCUGUACAUAAUUGUGCCCGACACAAUUCCUACUGGAUACAAAAUCGCAACAGUUGAAGUUGCCGACUGUGAUACCGAAACAAUGCAGUUAACUUUGGAGGACCGACGUUUUACAAUAACGAGUAAUCGAGCAAUAGUAGCUGUAACGCCUGUAUCAGUGGCACCAGGAGGGCGGACAUUUUCUGUGUGGGCUCGGGACAACAGUGGACUGGAAAGUGAGAUGGUAGUUCACCUUGUCCACAGUGCAAUACGGGAAAAAAAGCCCACAGGCUUUCUGAAGCGCUCCAAGAGACGUUGGAGUCCUCCACCCUUCAACAUUUUAGAGAAUGAUGAAGGACCUUUUCCAAAAGAAAUUAACAAGAUUAUAUCGGACUCGGAAGCCAAGUACCAAGUGUUCUACACCAUCAGUGGACCUGGUGUCAAUCAGAAUCCAGUGGGAUUGUUCAGUCUGAACCCUCAAAGUGGGAUGUUGAUGGUGAACAGGCCAAUUGAUCGUGAAGAGUUCCCAUCGUUUAUAUUAACAACCAGAGUUUUUGACAGACUCACAAAUAAGGAGACAGACUUACCUUUGGACGUCAAAGUAGUUGUAGAUGAUGUGAAUGACAACGCUCCAACAUUCGUAAACCAACUACAAUUCACUGUGCCAGAGCAAAGCGUCGCAGGGACAGUGGUGGGGAAGGUGAAUGCUACAGACAGAGACCUAGCAGGAACCAUCCACACCAAGAUCAAGUAUUUUCUCACAACUGGGUUAGACCUGUUUGCCAUCAACUCAGAAACGGGUGUCAUCACUACAGCAACUAACACCCUGGACAGAGAGGCAAAAGACAAGCAUUUGGUGACAGUAGUAAUCAAAGAUAUGGACGGUGCAGUAAAUGGCCUUUCAACCACAGGAACAGCAACCAUUACUGUGGGAGAUAUCAACGACAACGUGCCCAUUUUCACAAAAACAUCCUAUGCAGUUGAUGUCAAAGAAAAUGAAAGUGAAAAACUCCUCCUCCGAAUUCCCGUUGAAGAUAGGGAUUUAAUAAACACACCAAACUGGAUUUCGAAAUUCGUCAUUAGUAAAGGAAAUGAAAAUGGACAUUUCAGAAUAGAUACUGACCCCAAAACCAACGAGGGGCUUCUGUAUGUCUCAAAGCCCUUAGAUUAUGAGCAGAACAAAAAUGUAAAGCUUGAGAUUACAGCACGUAAUCAAGCUGAGCUGAGUGGCACCACGGACCAAUUGAGGUCCAUCCCUGUGGAUGUCAAUGUCCUCAAUGAAGAUGAGGGUCCAGCAUUCUCGGCUCCUACUAUCCGCUUCACUGUCAAAGAGAACACACCAAACGGCACACUGAUAGGAAGUUACAUAGCUACGGAUCCCGAGACCAAGAGCAGCAACGGCAUCACGUAUUACAAGCUCACAGACCCAGCCUCCUGGAUCACUGUCAACAGAAAUAAUGGAGAGCUGAGAGUGGCAAACACAAUUGACAGAGAGUCAACGUUUGUCCAAAAUGGAAUUUACAACAUCCCCAUGAAGGCUGUUGAUACUAGCUCCAAAACAGGAACAGGAACAGUCAUUAUUGUGGUGGAGGAUGUCAACGACAACGUGCCAGUGAUCCCCACCCCCGAGAUGGUGUUGUGUGAGAAGGAAGGAGAGCUCGGCUCAGUGCUGGUUGUGGCUGAAGACAAAGACCAGAAACCCUUUUCUGACCCCUUCAGCUUUAGUCUGCCACACGGUCAUGAUGGCAAAUGGUCCUUGACAAAAGUUAAUGGCACAGCAGCUAUGUUGCGGCACAUCCAAGAGCUCCCCACAGGAAUAUACCAUGUUCCCAUAGAUGUUACAGAUCUGCAGGGCUUUGGUAAAACACAGACAGCGAAAGUGAGGAUCUGCCAGUGCAGGAAUGGAGCCUGCUUGGCCAAGGACCACUCUGUGUCAUUAGGGCCACUGGCUUUACUGGCUAUGCUGUUGCCUCUGCUCUUCCUCCUACUGCUCGGCCUACUGCUUGCAUUUUUCUGUGUGACAAAGAGAGAGAAACUAGAAUUUGAAGAUGUAGGAGACAGUGGUGGAAUCCUGCUCAAAUCAAACACCGAGUCCCCAGGGGAAGAAGUGGAUUCAAGCCUCAUCACUAUUCCCACUACUGGGAUUGACCAAGCAGUGAAGGGCUCAGUGAAGGGAGUGAAUGCAGGAUGGUCUGGGAACAAGAGCUUCAGCACAAUCGGAGGCCAAAGCACACAUGGGAAUGGGAUGCAUGGGGCGUCCGGUGUUGUCACAUCCGAUACGCAAGAGUACUAUUCUGGCCAGUAUGAUAACCAAUUUGGUACUCAGUCUGGUCAGUUUGGUAUGGGUAGCGGUAUAAACUUUGACAACAGAUACCUUGCCCAGGACGCAACCUUUCUUCACAACUGGCAAACAAACGGCCGCUAUAUAAACCAGAAGCUGGCCUAUUUUGGAACAGAGGAUGGACGGUACGCAGAUGACCUCAUCCACUCCUAUGGUUUUGAGGGGGCGGGCUCUGCAGCUGGCUCUGUGGGAUGCUGCAGCGACUUUGGUGACAACGAUAACCUUGACUUCCUGAACGCGCUCGGACCAAAGUUCAAAACUCUAGGAGCUGUCUGCAGAAAGAAUUGAACAAUGAUGCUCAAAAGAUGUAGACAGGCCUGGGAUCUGAAUGCUUGGUAUUCCCCCUGAACAUGAAUGAGAAAAAGAACAAGUAGAUGGCGUCAGUGUGUGCACACUGCUCUGCUAUCGCUUUUUGUUGUUAGUUUGUUUUGCUGCUUUUUGGUAAAUGUAUUCUGCACUGAAAACUAUGCAGAAUGCUGUCAGUUGUACAUACUUUGUGCCGUGUGUUACGUGUUUGCCUUCAGAGUCUUGGUUUCCCAUCUAUCAUCCAUUAGCCAUACUUGCUUCACAUUGUAUAAGAAGGUUGUGGGAUUGUUAUAUUGAUCGUUGUAUUGAAAUAUGCAGUGAAGGGCUGCAGGGUUUUCUAUCUAUUGUAAGAGUAACAGAAUUGAGUAUUUUGGUUAAUCUGUGUUCACAGUAAAUGAUACAAUUCUGUAUUUUUGCAAUUUCUUGCUUAAUUUAAUAGUUUUGAUGCCAAUUUUUUUUAAGAAAAAUAAAACAAGUAAAUACCUAAA